AUGGCAAAUAUCGUGGAGUCUUUAAGCAAACUGGAUACCCUUCCAAAGCGGGUGCAAUUUUUGGCGGACAAUUGUCCAGAUAGAGAGCUGUUUGUGUUUUACGAAGGAGAGAACCGAACCUCGUUUACAUGUGAGCAAGUCGUGAAGUUGGCCGGAAGGUUUGCAAGCAGAUUACGUCAUCGUUACGGCUUCUUACGUGAUGACGUCAUUGCCAACACCUUACCUAACUCACCUGAAAGGGUUAUCAGUGACCUUGGCAUUACUCUAGCCGGAUUUAACGACCUAAUCCAACGCACGAUAGAGCUAAACUAUCAGUCUAUAUCCCUACAGAUUCUCCUGGCUGACGGCUCUGACAUAUUUCUGUCGGCUACAAAUAGCCGAUGCAAGGGGAUUGUGAUGAAACCACCUGGGGAAUCAUCAGACUGGCUGAUUUUCAAUCCCUACAUCACAGGAACCGUGUCAGAUGACAUCACUAAGUUGUCAUGUGACAAGAUACCUGACUUGACUACAAUAAUCAAAGUCUCCAGGAACAGCCAGAGAUCUCGCAAGCCGUUUCUUGAAGACCUACAGGACAGCACUGACGACAUCUUCAUUGAUCUUUCAGUGAGACCCCAAGAUAUCCACUACGUGUUUAGUACAUCGGGCAGCACUGGCUACUCCAAGCUGGUACCUCGAACACAAGCUGAAGCUAUUGAUAUUGCUGCUGACACAGCAUUUUCCAAAAAUGUCCAAAGUGGUACAAGUGUCUUCUAUUGCGAUCGUAGCCUGGGUUGGACUGGUGGCUAUCCGUUUACAACAUUCUGUCUGGGAGAGAAGAGGGUCUUACAGGACUGGUACAGUAGAAGCGGACUGAAAACAGGAGAGGAGAUCUGGAAUGCUAUCAGUAGAGAACAAUGUAAUAUUUCUGGAAUUCGCCCCAAGGACGUAGACAUUGUGGUCAAAUACAUUGACAGUAUCGGUGGCACAGAUUACAGGAUGCAGGCUCUUAUUUGUGGUGGACAGCCCGUGACAAAGUCCCAGGUGACAAGCCAGCUGACCAUGUCUGAAACAGUUAUCGUCAUUUACGCAUCUACAGAAGGUCCGCUCUUGGCAACUGCAGUUAUUGAAGAUCCAAACUUCGAGGACUUCUGCUGUGGGAAACCAGCGCCUGGGGUGGAGCUGAAGAUCAUUGACGACCAUGGAGAUGAGUGCAAGCCUCGGCAGACUGGGACCAUUUUAGCUAAAGGUAGAAACCUGUUUAAAGGUUACUUUAACCGACUAGAAGACCCAGACCCCAACACAGUCAACAGUUUCACCAAGGAUGGAUGGUUCAACACGGAGGAUCUCGGUUUUCUGGAUGAAGAAGGCAACAUCUACGUCCUGGGCAGGGGCAAAGACACCAUCACGUACGGAAAUUAUGUUUUCUACCCGGUUUGGCUGGAGGCAGAAAUCCGUAAACACCCCGACAUUGCUGACGCUGUCGUCUUGCCUGUAUCUGACCCUGUACGGUAUCAUGAGAUCUGCGCAUGUGUAACCCCAGUCAGCGGAAGUAACGUGACAGAAGACCAGCUGAAGUCCUACUGUGAAAGUAUCUUCAUUGCUGACUUGGCCAAUGACCAGACGCCCAUGCCCAAGUAUUUCAUGGUCUUGGACAGAUUUCCAGAGACAUUUACCGGCAAGCCGGACAAGCAGCGGUUACGGAAACUCGCUGAAGAGAGAUUUGGGGUUAAGUGA